GCCUGCCUUACGUAAUCCACCUGGAUUUCCGCAUCCGGCAAUUACCUUCUGGCCCCUGCUCUGUGUUCCGCGUCGUUUUCUUUCUGCUUGAGCUUUUUAUUGCCUCGAUUUGCUUGAUAUUUGAUAUAUCCAAAGAAGAAGAAGAAUAAUAACAAUAACAGGCGGAAAUACACGUGAUUUUUUUCCCCUGAAUAUCCCGAAAUAAUCCGACUCAACAACAUACGUGCAAAGGAAACUCGAUAGCUCAAUACAAAACAACUGCACCUCGUCCUCCAUAUCCGUCUCGAUCAACUCCCUGAUCUAGAAUCCGUUAGAGACUAAGAAACAAGGAAACUAAGACUUCCCUUUCCCUCUCGCCUUUUCACUUCCCCUCCGACGAAGACGUCCCCUAUUCCCUUGGUCAGGGCCCCUUUCAGCGACCCCAGUGUCCUCAAUUGAGCUCCCUCCAGCCAUGUCUGUUACUCAAAUCUCUCCCGCGGCGGGUGCGCCGAAACCCCUCGAGAAAAAGCCUAUCAAGUUUAGCAAUCUACUACUUGGGGCUGGUUUGAAUAUGUUUGAGGUCACGACGCUGGGACAGCCGCUGGAAGUGAUCAAGACGACUAUGGCCGCCAACAGGAGCGACAGCUUCGCCGGCGCCAUGCGUCGGAUUUGGGGUCGUGGCGGUGUACUUGGCUACUACCAAGGUCUCAUUCCGUGGGCCUGGAUUGAGGCGUCCACCAAAGGCGCAGUCCUUCUCUUUGUCGCAUCCGAAGCCGAAUUCUAUGCCAAAUCUUUCGGAGCCAGUGACUUCGUCGGCGGCAUCAGCGGCGGCAUGGCUGGCGGUAUCGCGCAGGCUUACGCUACCAUGGGCUUCUGCACGUGCAUGAAGACGGUCGAGAUCACCAAGCACAAAUUGGCAGCGACGGGCGUGAAGCCUCCCGGCACCUUUGCGACCUUCAUGGAUAUUUACCGCAAGGAGGGGAUAAGGGGAAUUAACAAGGGGGUGAAUGCGGUGGCGAUUCGACAGACCACGAAUUGGGGGUCGCGAUUCGGGUUGUCGAGAUUGGCGGAGACGGCGAUCCGCAAGAUCACUGGGAAAGAGGAGGGUGACAAGCUCAGUGGGUUUGAGAAGGUCAUUGCGUCCGGGCUUGGUGGUGGGUUGUCGGCAUGGAAUCAGCCGAUCGAGGUUAUUCGAGUUGAGAUGCAGAGUAAGACGGUUGAUCCCAAUCGUCCGAAGAAUUUGACUGUUGGUAAGACAUUGAGGUAUAUCUAUGAUUCCAAUGGGUUGAAGGGAUUGUAUCGUGGCGUUACACCCCGGAUUGGGUUGGGCAUUUGGCAGACUAUUUGCAUGGUUGCUUUGGGUGAUAUGGCCAAGGAGACCGUCGAGAAGCUAACAGGUGACAAGGUGACCGCCAAACACUAGAGAGCUGGCGGAUAUAUGAAUGGCGGCUGGCAAUUAUCAUAAAUUCUCAUCUUACCUUGGGAGACAAACUCACUUUUAUUUCAGUCGAUGCAUCUGUAGUUUCGCGGUAUCUUGAGCCAUUGAUAAUUGUAUAAUCGACUUGUUCUCGUGUUGACUAUUUUCCGUUGCAGCGAUUACCCCCCCCGCCGUUUCUAUAUUCGCUUAUUUUUGUGCUCUGUCUGGAAUUACAUGAGUAUACUUGUUUUUGUUUUAUUCCUGGUGUCUUUUAGAGCCUUUACAGGUUACAUAUACGAUGUAAUACAAUUAUAGAUAACCAUUUAUCAUUUUAUAUUUACUUUUUGGUUUUAAAUUUAUUUUUUAAAUUACUUUAUCAUAUAUAUUUUCA